GAGCUCGGCAGUGAGUCGAGUUCAACUCGACUCGAACGGACUCGAGUUUAUUCAGUUUACUCAGUUGGUGCAACGCGGGUCGGCAUUGUGGGUCUUUCGUCAGCGAAAUAAUAACAUCAUUCGGUUGUAUAUAUUUUUUUAAUGUGAUCCUAAAAUGAGCUAAGCAGGAAACAAGCCGCCACCGCAAUGCUAGCCAUAAACACUCUGAGCCUUUUAGGCCUUUUCGGCCUGGUCAGAAGCUAUCAGAGCCACCAGCCCCUGUUGAGGAAUAUUAUUAAAGUGCGAGCCAGUGGCUUUAUGCCCUUUGAAUCGGAUCUGCUGUUGCCUUUGGGAAUCCUCAGGCAAUUUCAGUCGCCGGAUCGUUCUUCGCGUUUUAUGGCCCCAAGGCCGAAGCCGACAUUCCGGCCCAAACCAAUCCGGCAACAGGUGCGCCUGGAGAGAGCCCAUCCCCUGCGUGAGUCCAAGGGUGUUCAGCUCUACAAUCUAAUAGACGAUGAUGGAGAGUUGCUGCUCAAUCUGAAGGUCCAUCAGGAGCCGCCAAAGAUCCUUCCACCGGAGGAUAAGACCCCGUAUCGCAGCAAAUACCAUCAGGACUACGAUUCACCUUGGCUGCCUUCGAAGUGGCGACCCACCAGCGAGUAUCCUUUGGCGGUGACCUCGUCCUCGCCACGCCCACUGCCACUGCAUCAGUAUCUGAGUCAAAGCAAUCGCCUGGAGCCGAGUCCUGCGAAACGAAGGCGCCAGGACAUUUGGCCGCACAAGUAAUAAACAAUCAGACAGGAGCUGAUUAUUU